AUGUGGUCAAUGGUCGUCGCUAAUUGUUUAUAGUUUUCGUUAGCAUUUUCCCAAAUAAGUCCUAUCAUUAUUUCAGUUUCUUUUAUAUAUAAUUUAUAAUUAUAUCUGUAUAGUUAAUUAAAAGAAUAACUGCAUUAUCUUUUGCAGAAUGUAAUUCGUCAAUAGUAAUGGAAGCGAAGAUACAAAACCAAAUUAUUGACUUCUUCUCGUUUUUAGAAGAUUUCUACGACACAUCCAAAACGUGUUUGAAUAGUUGCCAAAGCAACGCUGUUUCCAUAAAUAAAAUAAUUCGUCGCUGCACCAAUAUAAAAGAAGCACAACUUAAAGAGACACCUUUGGAAGAAUUUGUGGGCCUGCAAAAGAAACUGCUAUCCCGUCUUCAUAAUUUUAUUAACAUUGAAAUUCAAGAAAUUCAAAACCAAUAUUCAAUAUUAGAAGAAAAUUUUGAUAAACUCUGCCACAAAAGUAAAAUUCUACAUGAAAGUUGCAGGACUAUUGACUUCAAUCAAACAUCGCCUCUAGUGCGAGGAACACCACUUCAACCUUCUCUAAAACAAAUAUUACUUUUUGCAACAGAAUCGGUUACAUUUGGCGGUCAAGUUACUGCUCAAGUAGAAACAUCUUUGUCGGUUCUAUCUUUUAAACAAUUACAAACAGCACAUUUUGUUGAUCACUUUAAAUUCCCAAAGCCUUGGAAUAAAAGAAUUCCCGAAAUACUUGCUUACACAUCAUUCUGUCAAGAUAACGUAAUUUAAAAAUGGAUUUAUUAGGAUCAAUCUUAAAUUCUAUGCAAAAGCCGCCAACUGCGAGUGAGGCGCAAAAAACUGCUAUGCGAAACCACAAAGAAGCUUGUGAAAGAAAACAGAAAGAAGAAAAAAUAAUGAUAAAUAAAUUUAGACAGCGGGUAGAAGACAAGAUCAGUAACUUCAUUAAAGAUGGUACAAAACCAUACUUACAAUUUGAUUCAAUGGAUCAAAUGUACAGAUCUAUAAUACGAGAUGUUGCUGAAACGGCAGGUGUUCAAGUUAUUUCUUUUGGCCAAGAGGGAAUUGACCGAUAUUCAGUUAUUUAUCUAAAAGAUAAAGGCCCAUCUGAGGAUGAACUGACGGUGAGGAGAAAUGGAGGUAUUUGGGAUGACGAAAAAGCUUUGGAAAUGGCAAAAAAACGAGAAUUCGAUAAACUUGCUCAGCAAGAAGACGUAGUAGAAAGGGGAAAGAAGCGUAAAAACAAUGAAGAAUUGAGUGGGAUGUUCUAUAAACAGAAAUAUGCCCAUCUUAUUGGCCAGGAGGCAGCUCUUGACGCGGCUCAUAAGACGAAUGUAAAUAAGAGUUACGGCGAGGUCCCGAGUGAAAAUAAGAAGGAUCAAAGAUCCAUUGAACAGACUAUGGCAGAUAUCAAAGCGAAGAAAAUGAAAAAAAUCGAAACUGACAAACUGUUAGAUGUUACUGAGAAUGUUUAGUUAAUUCUUAGAGUAAUUGUUAAAAUUGCAAAUAGGUUUAAAACACCAAUCGGAAACUUUUGACUGAGGUAAACACUACAAAUUUGUGUUCUUAAAAGCAAUUUAGUAUGGUAGGUUAAUUUAUGCAUAUAUCUUCAUAUGUUUAUUCUUAAAAUAUACAAAUACGUCGAAAACGACUGUAACAUUUUAGUAAGAUUAGGAAAAUAUCCAUAAAAAAGUUAUUAUUCAAGCAAUUCGGAUUUUUUACUACUUUGUGUUUAUGAUAACCAAGUAUAUGAUUCAAGAAUAUGUAUAAGCGUACAUGUAAAUUAUGUUUUGUUUAACGAAAAACCCGCCGAAUUACUAAACUUCUUCCUCUCUUUCUGUCAAAUUGUAUCUACGCUGUGAUGAAAAGAGACAGUUGAGUACAGGUACCGGCAAACUUCUUGAGCAUUACACAAAGGAGUGGGGGAAAGUUUGCACAUCGUACACAGCGCGGGACACAAACGUCAACGAAUUUACCAAUCACGCGAUCGACAUCGCCGUCCCCGCUCGCAGCGAAACCUAAAACUCGCUUCUCCGCAAACUAUAUUUGUUCAAGAUAUUUGCCGGUAUCAGUACUGCAGUUAAAACGGUGAAAUUGCAGUGGUGAGAUAUAACAUAAUUAUUUGGGAUUAGGAACAGUUAUCUUAAAAAAUCGAUUAUCACUUUCAGUUGAAAAAAUUUAUUAGCUAUUCCGGAUAGCUUUUUACGUUCAGCCCUAGUCGCAAAUAUUGCGGUUUAUUCAAAUAAUCCGUGAUUUUUCGCGUGGUUAACGUCUUAUAAUGUAUGAAAUAGCUAGAAAAUAAAAUGUUUUAUUGCACUGUAAUUUUAGAUAGGUAUUUGUAAAAGUUAUUUUUGUACCUGACAGUACUUGUAAUAGUUAUGGCUGGAUUAAAAAUAUAAUAUUA